GAUUCUUAUUCUUUUCAUUUGAUCUCCAUUAGCCCAAAAAAACACAUUUCCCCUAAACCUUCAAACUCUGCCAACUUUCUUUUAUGCUUCUCCUAGUGCAUUAUCUUUGAAAAUGGUUCAAAGAAAGGUUCCCAACAAGCUUGGUAUCAAACCCCAUCACCUUAAAUUAGAUACCCAAGUGGUGAACCUUAGACCAACAUCUCCUCAAACCAAUGAUAAACUCAAGAAGAUCAUGAAGAAGUCUAGACCGAUCAAACGUUCUGAUGAAUCACGAUCGUUGCCACCGUUUAAAAAGAAAAAAACCCACCCAGUGCAUAACGACGAACCACGUUCUACACCAAACUACAUGAAGUCCACAAGCUGUUUUGAAGCAAGAAAGGAAGUAUCACCCAAGAAGCUGACUCCAAAGGGAUUGAAAAGUCCGAAAACAAAUGGAUCAAGAACGUUGAAUUUGAAGAUGGUGAGAAGUUUGACAAAAACUCCUAAUUUUAAACCGUUGAGAACUUCAAAAAAGGUGGUGUUAUGUGAAGAUUUAGAUGCUAACCGUGCAACAUGUUCAUCGACUUUAAAAGACAAAAAGUUUCCAAAUUUACUUGAACUUAGUCCUGGAGGGACUGAGUUAGAAGGGACGUCGGCCAUGAAGGUAUGCCCGUAUACUUACUGUUCCCUCAACGGUCAUCGUCACGCUCCCUUGCCACCCUUGAAGUGUUUCUUGUCGUCAAAGAGACGUGCUAUGAAGACUCCGAAAAGUUUUAAGCUCGGGUGUUUAUCUCCCCAUCAGUUAAAGCCUGUUGUAAAGAAAAACAACGUCACAGAGGCGGUGAUCUUUGGUGAGGAAGCUGCAGAAGCGGUAGAUAUAAUAGCUGCAAGUGUGAUAGAAGAAGAAAAGAAAGAUUUCUUUAUAGAAAUCAAUGGCUGUCGUGUUUUAGAAAGUUCAGACAUCGAAUGGGAGGAGGGUUAUCAUUCUGCAUCAAGUGAUGAUGAUGAUGGGAAAUAUUUCAAGUUGCGUGAGAGCGAUGGUGAAGUUUAUGAAGAACAAAUUGGGAAGACGGGUGAUGAUAACGAACUCCAAGAGUUAUAUGAUGAAGAAAGUGUGAGCUCUGGAGCCUGGUCAGAUGAGGAUGCUGAUUCUGAAUCAGAUGGUUCUUAUCAGCGGAUGAAGAUUAAUCACCAAAAUGAAGAUCAAGAAUGUGGGAAGUCUGAUUCAUUUGAAGUGCCGUCAGAAACUACUUUGGCAGAUGUAAACUAUAAUAUGGACGACGAGGAUAAGAUCAAAAGCAUUACCGAGGGCCUGAAUCUUCCAGUUGGAGAUCACAAUAUCAAGUACCACGUCAGUUAUCAGCAAAAAGAAACUUCCCAGGAGUCAAACACUGUCCCAGAAAAGUCAGAAGAUAGAGAUGAAAAGAAUCACGCCACGAUAAUCUACAACAUCAUUCAAUUUAACAUAUCUGUUUUUGUCGAUGGAGAAAAAACCACACAUUCUGAGACAGAAAAAGGUGUCAAUGCACACGUACCUUGGACUGCAGUUGCUGAAGAUAAGAUGGAGACGGGGGAAGUCAGUGAAGAACCUGAAGAGCAGGAGAUGAGUAAUGAAGAGGAUGAGGUGAAUCAAAUAGUUAUGGAUGAAAAACUUCCCUUUCAUGACCAAGAUAUUCUCUCAAACGAUUUUGUCCAAGAUUGCAAUGAAUGUGAAGUAUGUAGUCAGUCUAAAUCGAUGGAUGUAGUCACUGAAAUAGAUGAAGAACCUGCAAGCAGAUUAGACGAGCAAACACAUUCCACGGGAGAAAUAGCAUCUGUUACAGAUAUAAAGACCAUUUCUUUUUGUAAAAAGAACGAUUCUAGUGAAGAACACUUGAAUCCCUCUACAACUAUAAGGUCAACACGAGGCAAGAAACCUGAGCAAGAGAUGGGUGAUUCAAGGGAAUUCAACCCGCGAGGACCAAAUUUCCUACCAGAAGUACCGGAUCCAGAUGCAGAAACAGUGGACUUGAGGCACCAGGAUAUGGAUGAAAGAAAAAAUGCAGAAGAAUGGAUGGUUGACUUUGCUUUACAACAAGCGGUCAACACAAUUGCACCAGUACGAAAGAAAAAAGUUGCGUCGCUUGUUGAAGCUUUUGAAAAGGUGAUGCCGAUUCCCAUGUAUGGUAAUAGUAGCAGACAUACUUCAAAAGCUUUCACAAAUGCAAGACCCAUGCAAGCUUGCAGCUGAUGUUAUUGCUACCAAGGUGGAAAAGCUGCAUUGGCAAUCAUCAGUUAGCAGUAUGCAAAGCAGUGCUGAGAAUUAGAUGAUAAUGAUGAUGAUGAUGACGAUACGGGGAUGAAGAUAUAAGUGUUAUGGACUUAGGGUCUAUUAUGAUGCACCAGUUGGAAGGAUUGAGUUCAUGUAAUAAAACCUAAAUCAUGUCUGAUUUCCUCUAGAGAAAGCUUGUCUAUCUAUGUACGUGUGUUGUAGUUGAAGCAUUCAUAGCCUCUGCAUAUCUAUGAAGUGUGUAAUUUUAUUCUUGUGAGUGCAGUGUUCUUUAAUGAUAAACUAAAAGUCGUCUUAGCA